AAUUUUUAGUUUGAUUUGCUGCGUAGUUACUUGCGUUUGCCUCCAUUCUGAUUUCUAUUAUCAUGAUCUAAUGAACUCAUUAUUUUUAUUAUCUGUGACUUCAUCUUAAGUUCUUGCAAAUUAGCAGAUGCGAUUCUUCUAUAUUUUAAUCGAUUCUUUAAGCUGUACUGAAGCUGGGAUUUUGAUGAUUGUGUGUUUCAUUUCAUUGUUCUUUAACUAGAAUUUCUCAUGGGUUCUUACUGUUGUUCGGCUGGAGUAUCGAUAUACAGUUUAACAGAAAUUGUUGGAUAUCGAUAUAUUGAUUGUUGAUGAUUGAAAUUUCACAAAAAAUGUAUAUAUAUGCGAGGUGGAGAGCACCAGCUGUUUGAGCAUGUUGGGGAAAAAUUCAUUUGAUUUUCUUGAAAAUCAGUGUUUUGACAGACAGUUCCAUUAGUUGCAGAUGGCUUCCUCAGUCCUCCCAUCGGGACUGCUAAAUAAGUAACUUCAGUUUUAUCAUAUGAGAACUUUAAGAGGAAAACAAAGCAGAAUCUCAACAUUCUUAGCAAUAGUAUCCUGAGAUUAGAUCCAAAAAUGAUUUCAUGUUAGAAUGAUGUUUCUGGACUGAACAAAUGAAGAAACAAGAAAGAGUUCUCCGGUGUCUUUGUUGUCAGUGCAAGGCCAAGAAAAGCUCUUUGAGUCGUUGUACUUUCCUUCAAUGGUUGUGACAGGUACAAGAAUGGACAAGGAACCUCCUCAGGCAUUCGAAUCUAUACAGGCAUAUUUUACACUCAAACAUGAGGUGAGUAAAGGGAGGGAGCAAGUGAAACAGCUAAAAGCAGCUUCUUCUGGAGACCAGGAGAAAAUUUUAGAGAGAAUGUUGGCUUCCUAUGAGGAGGUUUGGUCAAUCCUUAAUGAGAUGGCUGCAGAAGGAAAAGAUCUGCCUGUGAUACCACCAUCCUCAGAUAGUCCAGCCUCCGGGAAAUCUGUCCUUCGUCAUAAAAGAGGAUCAUAUAAAAGGAAAUCAUCAGACUCCAUCAGCGUCAGAAGACACAGAGCACCUGAAGAAUUAGAUGAUGAUGGAUACUGUUGGAGGAAGUAUGGCCAGAAAGAUAUACUUGGUGCUAAAUAUCCAAGAAGCUAUUUCAGAUGUCUAUACCGUUAUACUCAAGGUUGUAUGGCUACAAAACAAGUGCAGAGGUCAGACGACGAACCCCUUAUAUAUGACACCACGUACACGGGAAAGCAUUCAUGCAGCAGCUCAGCUCCUAUUGAUAAGGAGACACUUUGAUGAGUUGAUAAAUCUCAAUUUCAACUUCUAAUCUCUUAAGACUCUACUUAUCUCAUAAAUGGUAAACUUGUGAACAAGUCCUGAAGCCACCACAGCAAACGGCUACUUAUCAAGUCACAACUGUAGUACCUCCGAAGCUGUCUUGGACGGGGUUAUUUGAUGUGUUAGCAUUCUAAUACUUGAAAAUUUUUAUACUAUUAUAAUCAUAUAAAUUAUCUUGGACGGGGUUAUUUGA